AUGAGGAGAUUUUAUGGAGGGCUACUUGUUGCAUCAAUGUUUAUGUUCUUGACAGUGUACAGAUACGUCGACUUGAAACCUCCUGUUGAAAAGACUUACAUCACUGCUUCUCCUGUCACUCCUAACGCCACUCUUCCUCUCGAAUGGCUGCGGAUUACCAUCCCUGACUUCAUGAAAGAAGCCAGGAACACUCAAGAGGCGAUAUCCGGUGAUGAUAUCGCUAUUGUCUCGGGUCUAUUUGUUGAGCGGAACGUCUCCAAAGAAGAGAGAGAGCCUUUGCUUACCUGGAACCGACUAGGAAGCCUGGUUGAUAAUGCACAGAGCUUAGCAAAUGGAGUGGAUGCUAUUAAGGAAGCUGGCAUUGUUUGGGAGAGCCUUUUGUCAGCGGUUGAAGCUAAGAAACUAGUUGAUGUUAACGAAAAUCAAACGAGGAAAGGAAAAGAGGAGCUGUGUCCUCAGUUCCUUAGCAAAAUGAAUGCUACUGAAGCUGAUGGAAGUAGUCUAAAGUUGAAAAUCCCUUGCGGUCUGACUCAGGGUUCCUCCAUCACGGUUAUUGGCAUUCCGGAUGGUCUUGUUGGUGACUUCCGGAUUGAUCUAACAGGACAACCGCUUCCAGGGGAGCCUGAUCCGCCCAUUAUUGUACAUUACAAUGUCAGGCUUCUUGGUGACAAGUCAACUGAGGAUCCUGUCAUUGUUCAAAACAGCUGGACGGCGUCACGUGAUUGGGGCGCUGAGGAACGCUGUCCAAACCUUGAUCCUGAUAUGAAUAAGAAAGUGGAUGACUUGGAUCAAUGCGACAAGGUGGUGGGUAGAGAAGUAAACCGAACUUCUUCCACUAGCUUGCAAUCCAACACUUCAAGGGGGGUUCCAGUAACCAGGGAAGCAUCUAAACAUGAAAGAUACUUUCCUUUUAAGCAGGGUUUCUUAUCGGUCGCCACACUCAGGGUGGGAACUGAAGGAAUUCAGAUGACAGUUGAUGGGAAACAUAUAACCUCAUUUGCUUUCCGCGAUACACUGGAGCCAUGGCUUGUUAGUGAAGUACGGAUUACAGGUGACUUGAAGUUAAUAUCCAUUAUUGCCAGCGGUUUACCCACAUCAGAAGAAUCAGAGCAAGUUGUUGAUCUAGAGGCACUGAAAGCACCUCCACUUUCACCAUUAAGGCCACUAGAUCUUGUUAUUGGCGUUUUCUCCACGGCAAACAAUUUUAAAAGACGGAUGGCUGUGAGAAGAACAUGGAUGCAAUAUGAUGAUGUAAGAUCUGGAAGAGUUGCAGUACGCUUUUUUGUUGGCCUUCACAAAAGUCCUAUUGUUAACCUGGAACUCUGGAAUGAGGCUCGGACUUACGGUGAUGUCCAGCUAAUGCCCUUUGUUGAUUACUACAGUCUCAUAAGUUGGAAAACACUAGCUAACUGCAUCUUUGGGACAGAAGUGGACUCGGCCAAGUUUAUCAUGAAAACGGAUGACGAUGCCUUUGUUCGUGUUGAUGAAGUACUACUUUCUUUAUCGAUGGUCAACAACACUCACGGGUUAAUAUAUGGACUGAUCAAUUCCGACUCUCAACCAAUUCGAAACCCUGAAAGCAAAUGGUACAUCAGUUAUGAGGAAUGGCCAGAAGAGAAAUAUCCUCCAUGGGCGCAUGGUCCAGGCUACAUUGUGUCUAGGGACAUAGCAGAAUCGGUUGGUAAGCUUUUCAAAGAAGGAAACUUAAAGAUGUUUAAGCUAGAAGACGUGGCGAUGGGGAUAUGGAUCGCUUACCUGACGAAACAGGGGCUUGAGCCUCAUUACGAGAACGAUGGAAGGAUCAUUAGUGAUGGAUGCAAGGACGGUUUUGUGGUUGCUCAUUACCAAAGUCCCGCCGAAAUGACUUGCCUCUGGCGUAAAUACCAAGAAACCAAACGCUCUCUUUGCUGCCGCGGUUGGUAA